AUGGCGGCGAUAAAGCGAGAGGGCUACUCGGAUACCGUUCUCUUUAAUGUAUUGGUGAAGCAGAAGGCGCUGAGGAGGCGUCUGCCUUGGUAUUAUGCGCCAUCCUUCCUGCUCCUCUGGGCGGUGCUAUUUUACGCCGUGGUUCUACCGCUUUUCUACAAAUUACCCGACCGCGUAACCCUGGCCGACGAGCCAGUGAGACCCGGUGAAUUCGUGGCCGAGAGAGCGCAGAAAGCACUCCAAGAAUUCGAUCGUAUCGGACCUAAAGUGGUGGGGAGCAUGGCCAAUGAAGUCAUAGCCGUUGAAUUUCUCUUAAGCGAGGUGGAAAAGAUACGACGGGAAAUGCGCAACGAUCUCUUUGACUUGGAGGUGGAUGUUCAGCGGCCAAGCGGCUCCUAUGUCGUGGGAACCAUGACCAGUAUUUACCAGGGCAUCCAGAACGUUGUUGUCAAGCUGGCUAGUAGGAGUUCCAACAGCUCAUCCUACAUGCUGGUCAAUAGCCACUUUGACACUAAGCCAGGCAGUCCAGGUGCUGGUGAUGACGGGACCAUGGUCGUGGUUAUGCUAGAGGUUCUCCGUCAAAUGGCCAUAUCUGGAACGAACUUUAGGCAUCCCUUAGUCUUUUUAUUCAACGGAGCGGAGGAGAAUCCCCUACAGGCCUCCCAUGGGUUCAUUACCCAGCAUCAAUGGGCCACCAACUGCAAGGCAGUUAUUAACCUGGAAGUGGGUGGCAGUGGAGGACGAGACAUACUCUUCCAAAGUGGUCCGAAUAAUCCUUGGCUGGUAAAGUACUAUAAAAAACACUCGAAGCAUCCGUUUGCCUCAACUUUGGCGGAGGAAAUCUUUCAAUUUGGCAUAUUGCCCUCCGAUACGGAUUUUCGCAUUUUUAGGGACUACGGAAAUAUUCCUGGUCUUGACAUUGCACAAUUCAGCAAUGGUUAUGUUUACCACACAGCCUUUGACUCCUUCGAUGUGGUGCCAGGACGCUCUGUUCAGAACACAGGCGAAAAUGUUCUCUCACUGGUCAGAGCCUUUUCCAACGCCCCUGAAUUGGAUAAUCCUGAGAACCAUACCGAAGGACAUGCGGUGUUCUUUGACUUCCUAGGACUUUUCUUUGUGACCUAUACGGAAAAAACUGGCAUCAUCUUGAACUACUGCCUGGCUGUGCUCAGUCUUCUUUUGGUUGGUUGUUCCAUUUGGAGAAUGUCAAGUCAGUCAGAGAAUUCUAUAGGAAGGACAUUGACAUGGUUUGCCGUCCUCCUGGGACUGCAUUUGAUUGGAUGUAUUCUCUGCAUCGGCCUGCCCCUGCUGAUGAGUGUGUUAUAUGAUGCUGGCGAUCGAACCAUGACCUAUUACAGCAGCAACUGGUUGGUCAUUGGUUUAUAUAUUUGCCCGGCAAUCAUUGGUCUGGUGCUGCCUUCGACAUUAUUUUAUUCAUUGUGAGAGAAGUUGAGCCAUUCUUACCAGAUCUACAUGGGUUUGCAUGCCCACUGCGUUGUCCUGGCAGUUCUUUCUAUGAUCUUGACGGGGAUAGGACUGCGUAUUCCUUAUAUGUGCAUGAUAUCCUUGUUUUUAUAUGCGAUCUCACUGCUGAUUAAUCUUCUAAGUACCUUACAUGAUAGAGGUUACCAUUGGGCAUUGACAGUGCAGAUAAUCCAGCUUUUUCAGUUUGUGUACUUUUGCUAUCUGUUCUACAUAUUUCUUGUGAUAUUCUUUCCUGCUAUGGGAAGAAAUCGUGACUCAUCCAAUCCAGACAUGCUUAUAGCCCUGAUAUGUGCCAUGGGAACAUUCUUCGCAUUAGGUUUUGUGGUUCCUUUGAUAAAUAUGUUCCGCUGGUCCACACUUUUAUUGAUUGGUCUCGGCGUGGUGACCUUCACCUUUUGCAUGAUCUCUAUAUCGGAAGUGGGAUUUCCCUAUCGUCCCAAGACAAGUGUGAUGCGGGUGAACUUUCUGCAAACUCGUCGCAUCUUCUACGAAUUCGAUGGCACCACCAGUAUCGACGAUUCUGGCUACUACUUUGACUUACAGGACAGGCGUGCUAUGCGUCCGCUCAAGGAUUAUCCCGUAAAUCUAACAGGAUUGAGUAAAAUAGAUCCCCCUUGUAAUGACUAUGUGAUGUGUGGCAUGCCGUGCUUCUGGAGUAGCUGGUGUAGGUCCCUCGGCAGUGCAGCUUGGUUGCCUCGGGAGCAGCCAGUAGAAGUACCGGGCACAUUGAACCUAACCCUUCUGCGUACAAGUGUACUGGAGUCCGGAAGAGUCAAGAGAUACGAGUUCAUACUCUCUGGGCCACCGCACAUGGGUCUGUAUAUAAGGCCUUUAAAUGGAGCUGCAGUUAAGGACUGGUCCUUUAUAAGGACUAUGCUGGAUAGGCCGGAGAAGUACUCGGCGCCCUAUCAGAUAUACUUCUCUUAUGGCUUGGAUAAAUCACCAUUUACGUUUCAUAUUGAUUUUACAAAAUCCAAUGGAAACUUCGAAGAACCCAUCCUUGAGCUUGGAGCUGUGGGACACUUUGUUAACCAGGAUUUUAUGCGGGAUGAGACUACGCUGAAGUUCAUCGAGAGUCUGCCGGACUUUGUUUACACCAUGGAAUGGCCCUCUAUCUUUAUGCGAUAUAUUUUCUAGGAUUCCCCAGUCUGCUGUAA